AAGCAUUGUUUAGUGUUGGUAGUUUCAGUGCUUGGUAAGCGUGCAAAGACGGAGAUAAGUGUCUCACUGACGAUUAUCGAUACAUUCGGCAGCUCACUUCUCAUGACCACCAUUCCGUCCGCAAAGUCUUGAGAAGCACUAUCGCUGGGUUGAGCCGUGCUUUGAGGCCAUGCUGACACACUGGGUGAAGCGCUCCUCUCCUCCCCCCUCCUGGUCUGCCCUUGUUAGAGCACUAGAGUCUCCCGCCAUUGCUCGUGGGGACAUUGCAACAACCAUUAAGACUAAAGCUACCAGCGACAUCUCUCCUGUUAUUUGUCAUCUCACUCACGGUGAGGGACUGAGUGUGGAUCAUCAUUUGAGGGUAGUGAGGACAGCUGCCUGGGAGGUGAGGGGGACAUGGCGUUCUCUGGGAGAGCAGUUGGGUGUCAAUGAGGGGACACUAGAUGGAAUAGCUGAGGAGAAUGCCAGAAAACCCAACAGUGUCACCAAGUGUUUCACAGACAUGCUCGUUGAGUGGUUGCAAGGCGGUCCACAACUGGAGGACUUGUUGACAGCUCUAGAGUCUCCCGUUAUCAGUAGAGCUGACAUUGCUGAAGACCUCAAGGGAAGAUUGCAAGUGACUCUAGCCUGACAAUAUCCUCUAGCCAUUAUAAACUAUGACUAUAUAUACUGGCAUUUAUGUUUAAUUAUUUUGUUCUGUAUAAAUGUUUUUGCGGUCACUACUACCACUCUACCCACCCGUACGGUAAUUAUACCUGAUGUGAAUGCUUUGUUGAGUCAAUGUCUGUCGACACAAUUGUUAGAAUACAUGGACACUUAUAUUUAUAUAGUUGUAUGGACACUUGUAUGGAAUGUUCUAGAUUAUGUUACGUUCUAUUUAAGUGUAAUUUCUAGUUUUACUCUUACACGUGUUUUGUGCAAUCUCUAACUUACCCAGUAAGUUGAUUAAGCUUAUUACUCUGCAACAA